GGCGUGCGUGUUACAACAGUCCUGCAUUUAGGCUCAAAUGUUCUUGCACCUGGCUGCUGUUUCCCCUACAUCUGGAUCACCCCAGGUCACAACAGCCCCGGAUUCAAGAAUGGGCAAAAGCGGCGGCAGUUGCUUGGAUGUUUCUCAGCUGCUCUCGCACCCAGCUGCUGUCUUCACCAGAGUCUGGAUCACUCCAAAUCACUACAGCCCCAGAUUCCAGAACGGCACCAAAAGCAGCUUCAUUUGCUUGGACGUGCUGGUCGCUUUUCAGCUGCUCUUGCACCUGGCUGCUGUCUCCGCCUUCUCCUGGAUCACCCCAGGUCACAACAGCCCCAGUUCCUUAACUGCUCUUGCACCUGGCUGCUGUUUCCGCCGAAUUCUGGAUCACCCCAAGUCACGACAGACCCAGAGUCAAGAAUUGCAGCAAACGCCCUGUAAGUUGCUUGCAUGUGCUGGACGUUUCUCGGCUGUUCUUGCACCUUGCUGCUGUCUCCACCAUAUUCUGGAUGACCCCCGGUCACGACAGACCCAGAGUCAAGAAUCAAACGCCUGGACAGUUGCUUGGAUGUGAUGGACGUUCCUCAGCUGCUCCUGCACCUGGCUGCUGUCUCCGCCGUAUCCUGGAUCAUCCCAGGUCACAACUGCCCCAGAUUCAAGAAUGGCAGCAAAAGCACCGAAAGUUGAUUGGAUGUGCUGGACGUUCCUCAGCUGCUUCUGUACCUGGCUGCUAUCUCCACCGAAAUCCGGAGCACUCUGUGACCGUGGCUGUCAAAUCGAGUUGCUGGCCUUUUGCAAUGAGCUUCAAGCGACGCUUAAAAUGCUGCUGCGCUGCAGCCUUCAGCUCGCUGAUAGGCGUCGCCGGCGAGAUUUCUAUGGAACAACCACCUCCACUGGGUAAGUGAACAUGCACCUUCAUGGCACAGGAAGGCUCCUGUCCGUGUGAGGCACAGUAAACUGCAAAUAGGCGGCCCUUGUGACUGGCUGAUUGAGGGAAUCCCA